AUGACCAACGAAGAGAACAUGCGGGGCAAUCCCACCUCUAACCAAAGCUCCAACACCCCGGCCCCAGCCCCAACCCCAUCACCCUCAACCUCAAACAACCCCUCCAACCAACCCCCUCCCAACCCCGCGCCUCCCUCGCUAGCAACCCGCAUCCAAACCUCCGCAACAGGCCUAGCAAAAAGCGCACUCAACCCUCGCCCCGACCUCGCCCAAACCCUAGCAUCCAGCACGAGCAACAAACAAUCCGGUCCAGCCACCCUCCCAAACACACAGACAAGCAGGGAUCUAUCCGCAACCACACCGCACGGAGGUCCCAGUUCCGCGUCCGGACCAGGGUCAGCACCUGCAGCGCAAGGUUUCCGCGAACACGAUGCGUCCACGCCAGGAGUCGCCCUACCCGCCUUGACAGAAGACGAGUUCCAGCAUGGACACGGAUACGAGAGAGAGAUAGAUCUGCUACACGCAACCACAACCACUAAUUCAAAUACACUACCCCAAUCCCACGAAGACCUCCAAACCCCCUCCUCAACCUGGAAAGGCAAAGCACGCGCCUCCGACCCAACCCAACACCAAUUCGAAACCAUCUGGCAGCGCCAAUACCCGCAAAACCCGCAAACAUCUACCCCAACCGACGGCGCAGCCGUUGUAUCUCUGCUAUCCGAUACAAACUUCGACCCGAACUUCGAGGAUCCAACGACGGUACCGGAUACCGAGAUUGAUAUUGCCGCUGCGCCGGGUCCGCUUUCUGCGGCGGAGAAAGAAGCGCUUGAUUCUUUCCGGAGGGGGUUGGGACUUGAUGAGGAGAGAAGUGAGGGGACACGGUUAACGGCGACGAGUCUUGUUCCUGAUAUUGAUGUUUUCUUGAGUCAGGGGGCUGCGAGUGGGAUUGGGAUUGCAGAGGGGAAUACUACGGGUUCUGCUUCUACUGCUACUGCUACUUCGCUACGUGAUGCUGUUCUCGCGAAUCUGCCUGGUGCGGGUGACUGGGUUGGUGUUCAGGAGAGGUAUCAUGAUGAGGUUUGGGGGUUUUUGCAGCCUGUGCUUGAGGAGGCGAGGGCUGAGAUUGAGGAGAAAGGUGGGGAGGAGGGGUUGGGCGCUGGGGAGGAUGGGCCUGCUGUGAGGCGGUUGAAGAUGAUUUUGAUGCAUAUGAAGGGGUGA